AUGCCUGUCCACGGUUCUCCUUACAAAACUAUAACCGAUCCCGAAUUAAUUCGAAAAAAAAAUGAAUUACGAAAGGCUAUCUCUCUAGAAUAUAUAAAGCAUACAUCAAAUCCAUACCGAAACAUAAAAAUGGAAGGUGGAACCCUGUUUGAUGUCGGUAUUCAAAGAUAUAUGUCUCUGAAAGCAACGCAACAUGAAUUUUUCAGGCCUACACCAAAGACUUCACUUUUAGGUGUACUAAUGAUAGUAUUACCAUAUUUUAGUCUGACUUAUUUCAUCAAGAAAGAACGUGACCGUCGAGAAAAUUUAAUUCGUACCGGAGAAGUAGCUUACAAGGACAGAGGAUUCAAAUUCGCCUAA